UAAAUCAUAAUAAGCCAAAGAAAUCGAAGAUAGCAGGGUAGGUAAAAACCUUAUCCAGGAAAUCCAAAAGCCAAUAAUUUUUUUCUCAGCUGGCAGCGAAUCACGAAAUGAAAACAAAAACCAAUAACAUGCCCCUAACCGCCAUUUCUUCGAAACCCAACCACCUUCAGUUUCUUCACUUCAUAUCCCAACCUCGAAAAAAUCUCCAUGGACAAAGUAGCUCCAUUUCAACACUACUUUAAUCCCUCUCUCCUUCAAAACCCAACAAAACCCAAGAAAGUUUCACCUACUUCUUUAGCUCUUGGUCCCACUGUCACCUCUCCUGAAACCCAACUCUCUACUUUUUCACUUCCAUACUCUUGGUCAAGUCUCUCUUCUUCGGGUUCUUUUCACUUCUUCGAUGAGUUAAAAGAGGUCAAUAGUCUGGAGUCAGUUAAAGUCUUGCAUGCCAGGUUGCUUAAAAUGUGUAAUAAUUGGAGUUCAGAUUCUACGGCUAAGAGUUUGAUCUGGAGUUAUUUGAAAUUUGGCGAUUUUAGAGCAGCUACGAUGGUUUUCUUCAUGGGUUUUGCUCGGAACUAUGUUUUCUGGAAUUCUUUCUUGAACGACCUUCACAGUUAUGGGGGACAGACACGUGAAGUUCUUGAGGUUUUUGGUGAAUUGUGUGGUAAAGACGUGGUUUUUGAUAGUAAAGUUCUUACUUUGGUUCUGAAAAUGUGUGCUAGUUUGAAGGACUCAUGGCUAGGUUUGCAGAUUCAUGCUGAUUUGAUCAAGAAGGGUUUUGAUUUGGAUGUGUAUUUGAAGUGUGCAUUGAUGAAUUUAUAUGGAACUUGUUGGGAUUUGGAGAGUGCUAAUCAAGUUUUUAAUGAAAUGGUGAGAAAGGAAGAGCUUGUUUGGAAUGAGGCUAUCAUGGUAAACUUGAGGAAUGAGAGAUGGGAGAAGGCUAUGGAGUUGUUUAGAGAAAUGAAGUUUUCUUUUGCCAAAGCCAAUGGUAGUACCAUUGCAAAGAUGCUGCAAGGCUGUACCAAAGUGGGAGCUCUCGAGGAAGGAAAGCAAAUUCAUGGGUAUGUAUUAAAAUUUACAUUGGAAUCAGAUUUGUCAGUAUGCAAUUCCUUGAUUACUAUGUACUCGAGAAACAAUAGACUGGAAUCUGCUAGGAGAGUUUUUGAUUUGAUGGAAGAUCAUAACCUGUCUUCAUGGAAUUCUAUAAUUUCAAGUUAUGCUGCCCGUGGCUAUUUGAAUGAUGCUUGGGAUUUAUUAAAGGAAAUGGAAUCAUCUGAUAUCAAGCCUGAUAUAAUAACCUGGAACUGCCUUUUGUCUGGCCAUGCCCUUCAUGGCUCUCAUAAAGCAGUCCUGUCAAUUUUGCGGGGAAUGCAAGUAGUCGGUUUCAAGCCAAAUUCGAGUUCUGUCACCAGUCUUCUUCAAGCUGUCAUUAAAUUGGGGAUAUUGAAUUUUGGGAGAGAAAUUCAUGGUUAUGUUAUAAGAAAUGGGUUGGACUAUGAUGUAUAUGUAGUAACUUCAUUGUUAGACAUGUACGUGAAGCAUGAUUGUCUAGGAAAAGCUCACGCUGUUUUUAGUAACAUGAAUAACAAAAAUAUUGUUGCUUGGAAUACGUUAAUAUCAGGAUAUUCCUUCAAGGGCCUUUUGGAGGAUGCUAGAAAGUUAAUGAUUGGGAUGGAAGAGGAAGGACUAACGCCAGACCUAGUAACAUGGAAUGGUUUGAUAUCAGGGUAUUCCAUGCGGGGGCGCAAUAAUGAAGCUUUGGCCCUGAUUCAUCAAAUAAAGAAUUCAGGAAUGAGUCCCGAUGUAGUAUCUUGGACUGCUCUGAUAUCAGGCAGUUCGCAGAAUGGAAACUAUAGGGAAUCCCUCGAAUUUUUCAGCCAAAUGCAACAAGAAGGUAUCAGGCCCAACUCUGUCACCAUAACCAGCUUACUUCGAAAUUGUGGAGGUCUAUCUCUGUUACAGAAAGGUAAAGAGAUACACUGCUUCAGCAUAAAAAAUGGUUUUAUUGAAGAUGUGUUUGUAGCUACUGCACUUAUUGACAUGUAUGGUAAAUCUGGCAAUUUGAAAGCAGCUUAUGAGGUUUUCAAGAGGAUUGAGAAUAGAACACUGGCCUCUUGGAAUUGCCUGAUAAUGGGGUUUGCGAUCUAUGGCCUUGGUAAAGAGGUGGUCUCGGUCUUUAGGGAGAUGCUUGCAGCAGGCAUCCUGCCAGAUGCCAUAACAUUCACAGCUGUACUCUCUGGUUGUAAGAAUUCAGGUUUGGUUGACGAAGGAUGGAAAUAUUUUGAUAGUAUGAGCUCUGAUUAUGGUAUAACACCAACAAUUGAACAUUAUUCUUGCAUGGUAGAUCUUCUUGGAAGAGCUGGAUAUCUUGAUGAAGCUUGGGAUUUCAUUCAAAGUAUGCCUUUGAAACCAGACGCUACGAUAUGGGGUGCUCUUCUUGGAUCUUGCCGUAUCCAUAAGAACAUACAAUUGGCAGAGAUUGCAGUGAAGAAACUUUUCGAGUUAGAACCAUAUAAUUCUGCAAAUUAUAUUUUGAUGAUGAAUCUAUAUGCCAUGUCUGACAGAUGGGGUGAUGUUGAACGCAUCAAAGAUUUGAUGAGCGAUAUAGGGGUGAAAAAUGGGCAAGUCUGGAGCUGGAUUCAAAUUGGUCAGAUAAUUCAUCAAUUCUUUGCGGAAGAGAACCAUCCAGAUGAAGGGGAGAUAUAUUUUGAGUUGUACCAUCUCGUUUAUGAAAUGAAGAAGCUUGGGUAUAAGCCUGAUGUCAAGUGCGUUUAUCAGAAUAUUGAUGACAAUGAAAAGGAGAAAGUACUGUUCAGUCACACAGAGAAAUUGGCCAUAACUUAUGGACUAAUCAAGUCAAGAAGCGAUAUGCCUAUCAGGGUAAUCAAGAACACGAGGAUUUGCCCCGACUGCCACACUGCAGCUAAAUACAUAUCUUUGGUAAAAAACCGAGAGAUUUUCCUAAGGGAUGGUAGCCGGUUUCACCAUUUCAGUGAAGGAAAGUGUUCCUGCAAUGAUUGUUGGUAA